GGGCGGAGGUGGGCCGCGGCACCGACAUGGCGGCCGUGCGCCGGGCGCUGCGGCAGCUGGGUCUCAGGCUGCGGCUUCACCUGCUCCGCGACGUCGGUCGCCAGUACCCGGUCUUCUGCUGCAUCCUCUUGCUGCUCGCCUCCUGCACCCUGCUGUUCAACCGGUACUUGCAUAUUCUUAUGAUCUUCUGGUCAUUCCUUGCUGGAGUUGUCACCUUCUACUGCUCACUCGGACCAGCAUCACUCCUGCCCAAUAUUCUCUUCACUGUUGAGCGAAAGCCAAAGGUGGAACAGCAAGAACUCUUUCCUCAAGGCCAUAGCUGUGCUGUCUGUGGAAAAGUCAAAUGUAAACGACACAAGGCUACAUUGUUGCUGGAAAACUACCAACCUUGGCUGGGUUUGACAAUUAGUUCAAAGGUGGAUGCAUCUUUGUCCGAAAUCCUGGAGUUAGUGAUUGAAAACUUUGUGCACCCUUGGUACAGGGACAUAACUGAUGACGAAGCCUUCGUUGAUGAACUCAGAGCGACUUUACACUUUUUUGCAGCUGUUUUAGUCCGGAGAGCUCAGAAGAUUGAUGUUCCAGUCAUGGUAAACCGGAAAUUGUUAAAUGCAGCAGUGAAGCAUAUAGAGGUCAUAUCAAAAGCGAGGCAAAAAGUAAAGCACAGUGAAUAUUUACAGCAGGCUGCAUUGGAAGAGUAUGGGCCGGAUCUACACCUGGCUGUGAAAAGCCGCAGAGAUGAGCUGCAGUAUCUCAGGAAGUUAACCGAGCUGCUCUUCCCAUAUAUAUCACCCCCAAAGGCCACAGAGUGCAGAUCAUUAACUCUGUUGAUUCAAGAAAUUAUGGCUGGUUCUGUGUUCCUUCCCUCCCUUGACUUCUUGGCUGAUCCAGAUACUGUGAACCGUUUGUUGCUGAUUUUCAUAGACAACAGUCCACCAGAGCCAGCAACUGAACCCCCCUCUCCGCAAGUUCCCUUCUUGCAGAGAUAUGCUGUUCCAAGAAAUAAAACUCAGUCGGCCCUCAAACUUGAGCUGAAGGAAAUCAGAAGCCAGCAGGACCUGCUCUUCGGGUUCAUGAACUUACUGAAGCAGGAGAGUGCCGUGCACGUACUGCAGUUCUGUCUCGCCGUAGAGGAAUUAAAUGACAAGAUCCUUCGGCCUGAGCUGACUGAUGACGAGAAGCAGUUUCUUCACAAGGAAGUGAAGGAAAUCUAUGAGACGUAUUGUCUUGACGAGAGUGUCGACAAAAUCAAAUUUGAUCCCUUCAUUGUGGAAGAAAUACAACAGGUUGCAGAAGGCCCCUACAAGGAUGUGGUGAAGCUUCAGACCAUGCGAUGCUUGUUCGAAGCAUAUGAACACGUAAUGUAUCUGCUGGAGACGGUGUUUACACCCAUGUUUUGCCAUAGCGAUCAGUACUUCAGAUAUCUAUUGACGGGGGCAGAGUCACCCACCCGCAACUCCAAGUCCAAUAGAAGUAGCCUCAAUUUGGAUGAUUUUCGGGGUUCCAAUAAGCGAGGUGAGACUUUUGGAAUAAGUCGAAUCGGUAGCAAGAUUAAAGGAGUAUUUAAAAGCACGACGAUGGAAGGAGCCAUGUUGCCUAAUUACGGAGUGCGGGAAGACGAUGAUGAUUCUGUGGAAGAGGCAACAGUGGUGUCAGAGGACGAUUUACUGGAAGAACUGGCAAUAACUCCCAACGCUCACCGCAACCUCUCUGAAUGGAAAAUAACCAUUCCAUAUGUAGACUUUUUCUUUGACAACAAAAAAGAGAAAGUUCCAGUCUUCUGUAUCGAUGUUGAACGGAAUGAUGAAGGGUCGGAGGGACGUGAAAGUGAACGUUGCUCUGUUUACCGGAGAUAUUUUGAAUUCUACGUCCUGGAGUCCAAGCUGACAGAGUUUCAUGGAUCUUUCCCAGAUGCACAGCUUCCUUCAAAGAGACUCAUUGGACCCAAGAACUAUGAAUUUUUGAAAUCCAAGCGAGAGGAGUUCCAAGAAUAUCUGCAGAAUCUGCUGAAGCACCCAGAGUUAAGCAACAGCCAACUUCUAGCAGAUUUCCUCUCUCCAGAUGGCUGCCAGUCCCAGUUUCUGGAGAAAAUCCUGCCGGACGUAAAUCUGGGGAAAAUUAUCAAGUCUGUCCCUGGAAAGUUGAUAAAGGAGAAGGGUCAGCAUUUGGAAUCGUUCCUGACGGCAUUCAUCAUCUCCUGUGAAGCUCCCAAACCCAAACCGAGCCGCCCAGAGCUCACUAUUGUCAGCCCCACCUCCGAAAACAAGAAGAAGCUCUUUACCGACUUAUACAAAAACAAUGCAAAUCGCUCCGAAAGCACAGAGAAAAAGUACAAUCAGAACUACUUCAUGGAAAUGAUGACAUUGGAUGGCAUUUACGAUUACAUGAUGUACGUGGCCCGGGUUGUUUUCCACGUCCCGGACUGGUUACAUCAUUUGCUGAUGGGUGGCCGGAUUCUGCUGAAGAACACGCUAGAGGCGUACGCUGACAACUACCUCCAGCGUAAGCUGGAUCACCUGCUCCAGGAGCAUCGAGUGGUCUCCCUCAUAACUCUGCUGCGAGAUGCAGUCUUCUGUGAGAAUACUGAUGCUCGCUCCACUGAAGACAGACAGAAGAGAGCAAAGCAAACAUUUGAUGAAAUGAUGAAUUACAUUCCAGAUUACUUUGUGAAGUGCAUUGGGGAAGAAGCGAAGUAUGAGGGGGUUAGACAGCUGUUUGAGGGACUGCAGCAGCCUGUCCUGAACAAACAGCUAACGUAUGUGCUGCUGGAUAUCGUACUCCAGGAAAUGUUUCCUGAACUCAGUAAGGUGCAGAAGGAGACAGGCUCUGCAUCCACGUGGAAGUGAAGAGUAUUGAGAACCAUUUCCUGUUACUCUAGGAGCUGGAGUACAAUAGAGCCAAGCUGUGUAUUUACCGCGGGGAAUUUAAUUAUGUGCACGGAUUACCAAGUGAUUUUAGUGGGACUGGUGUGAACAUGGACAUAGGUUUUCCUUGAAUGAAAACGCUGAUCUUAUUUCUGAACCUGUGUGUGUUGCUCUGGGCAGCAACAAUAAACAAUAUGCAUCAUUGCACCACAGAAGCUUGGGUGCUUAAAUGACUUUUAUCAUUAGGUAGACCAAGAUUGAUUGCUCGGAGAGCGCGGGUUUUGCAAACCGUUUCCUAACAUGCCCAGUGCAGACCCUUGUUGCUGUGUGGACAUUGUGCUUUGCGCAAAAAAGAAUGACCUUGCAAGCACUGGAUUAAGUGAUCAAUCCAAAGGGCACUAGAGUGGUCUCAGUAGAUUUUGGCCUGAUCAGCACUCCCGGUAUUAGCCGCAGGUGGACAAUCUACUUUAUGUUCAACUGGAUGAAUGUGCAUUUGCAGUAAUGUGGUGAUGUGAUUACAGUAAUAACCUCAACUGUAAAUAGCAACCCCCACACCACUGGAUUCUCAAUCGCAAUAAAGACACUUCUGACCAAAUGGA